GGUUCCUACCACCUCGUGCUUCCCCAUCCUCACCACCGGUGGCCGGAGAACUCUCCCCGGCCGCAUCCGCAGCACGCAACGAAACGAGCCAUGAGCCUCCUCUCGUCUGUGGUCGCCUGCUGCCUCCCACCACCAACCUCCGCCGCUCCUCCGCGCCUCCUCAACAACAAGGACCACCGCCCGAGAACCGUCGGGCGAAGAGACCUCGUGCUCAGGAGCAGCGAGCUCGCCACUCUCGCCGCCAUCUUCCACUUCAGUGGCACCAAACCGAGCUAUCUUGGCGUUCAGAAGAACCCUCCAUCUCUUGCAUUGUGCCCUGCAACCAAUAACUGUGUAUCCACAUCGGAGAAGAUAAGCGACUCGAAUCACUAUGCUCCCCCAUGGAAUUAUAAUCCCAAUGAUGGGCGCAGGGGUAAGCCCAUAAGCAAAGAUGAAGCCAUGAAAGAGCUCAUUGAAGUGGUGACGAAAACAAAGCCAGACAACUUCAGUCCACGUGUAGUAGAGAAAGGAGACGACUAUAUUCGGGUUGAAUACGAGAGCCCUAUAUUUGGGUUUGUAGAUGAUGUUGAGUUCUGGUUCCCUCCUGGCAAGAAAUCGAUUGUUCAGUAUCGAUCAGCAUCUCGGUCAGGAUUUAUCGACUUCAAUGCUAACAAGAAGAGAGUCAAGGCACUGAGAUUAGCAUUGGAAAAGAAGGGCUGGGCUUCAGAAAGCAGUUUCUGAACGAACUAGGGCAGCUGUUAACUGACCAUUUGCCAAGCCAGGGCUAAGGCGCACUCACCACCCAGCAAUGGAAUGGAGUCAAAAGGGCGAUCCAUCGAUGAGUCAAACCCAACAAAGUCUAGUGUACUAGGAAGUGUACUACAGUACUACUUCUUGACUUGUGGUCGAUCAUGCAAAAGGCUCCUGUCCUGUAUGUAUAUGCAUGGACUGGCAAAAAAUAAAAUAAAAAAAUACAACACUUCAAUUUGUGUUGAUUAUGUUUAAUUAUCAUUCAAGUGUCAAAACCAGUGCAAAUGCCAACUAUGAUGAAUGCCAUGUCACUGGGGUGGUUGCGAUUUGCACUGGUUCUGAUAUUACAUUUGGGUGUGUGUGCAUUUGAAGUUGAGGGUGAAAUCAAAUAUGCUCUUUUCCCUUCC